AAAAUUAGGCAAAAAUGUUGAAUUUAAAUAUACAGACGCAUAUGGAUUUUGUGGGCCAGCACAAAGCUGAGAUGUAUUCUCGCUUUAUCAUCACCCUUUUUGGCGUCGUUGGUCUAAUUUUGGGAGCAAUCACACAACAAUUCUCCCAAACUGUUUACACCUUGGGAGCUGGGUUCGUUUUGGCAUCAUUGUUGACAAUUCCCCCAUGGCCUAUGUACAGACGCAAUCCCUUGCACUGGCAAAAACCCAAACCUGAACCAUCGAGUGGCGGAAACAACGGCGAUGAAAACAAACAAAAAAAGAAGAAGUAG